GUGCUUUUGCAAAGUUUCCUUGUUUCUUUUUAUUUUAUCAUUUAUCUUUUCCUCAUUUCUCCUCUUUUAAGUGGCUUCACCUGCUUCUUCUUAGUUCCUUGUGUAAUUAUAUUCCAGGUGUCAUGACUUAUUGCCAGUGUGAAGAGGUGAACUGCCCAUCAGUUUGCUUAUUAUCUGCAUUUCUUCAAACAUUCGACCCAAAGGACCACACCCUCUCUAUACUGGAAUAUAAAGUGGGACGUAUAAUAUGACAGCAAUGACUGAAACAAAUGUGGGCCAUGUAGCACCCCAAAGAAGGUGACAAGAAGACAGUCUUCACACACUUCACAAACCAGCAACUGCAAAGUUAAUCUAGAGGUCCCACAGGUUGAGCAUGAUCUCACCAGAGAUGACAGUAUCAUUUCAAAGGACACUCCCACAAAAUUGUGCAUAAAUAGAGACAUCAGUACUGCUGCAUCAGCAGAGCAGUUCAUCAAAGGAACGUCUUGGUGUCAUUAGCAGAGGGGUGAAAAUGGUUGAUUAUGAAGUCAUUGUGCUCACUGGCAGUCUGGGCUUUGCCACCACUUUUGACAAUAUCUACAUUAAGCUGGUUGGCCUGAAUGGAUCGAGCAAACGCAAAUGCCUGUGGAGCUGCAUGCCAUCUUUCUACAGCGGUGCAGUGUCACGUUUUACUGUGACCUGCCCAGUCUCCCUUGGAGAGCUUUUACUGAUAGAGGUAGACAAAGAACAUCGGUUACUCCUCCCAGACAUGUCUUGGUACGCUGCCAAGGUAGAAGUGACUUCCCCUGAAGGAGACACCUACCACUUUCCUAUCUACCAAUGGAUCACCAACAGCGAUGUCCACCGCUUCAAAGAGGGAAAAGCUCUCAGAGCCUCUCAAGAAAAAAACAGUCUUUUAGCCAAGUACAGUCGGCAGGAGGAGCUGGAGAAGCAACAGCAAGUCUAUUGCUGGGAAAAAGAGGGAAUUGCACACUGCAUGAAGGCAGACAAUGCCCAGUCGCUGCCCUAUGAUAUCCGCUUCUCUUUAACUAAGACUGCAGAAAUGACCUACAUUUCAGCCAAAGGACUGGGGCAAAUGGGACUAAUGCAAAUACUGGAGUGGAAAAAGGAAUUUACUCGUAUGGAAGAUAUUAGUCUCCUGUUGCAUAUCCAUCAGACUAAAAGAUCAGAUUAUGUUCAGAAACAUUGGAAGGAGGACGCUUUCUUUGGCUACCAGUUUCUAAAUGGUGUCAACCCCAUAUUGAUCCGACGCUGUACAGCACUGCCAGACAACUUUCGUGUCACUGAUAAAAUGGUCUUCCCUGAUGAUCAGCAUAAUCUCAAAGAUGAAAUGACGAAGGGCAACAUCUUCCUGUGUGACUAUAAGCUUUUGGAUGGAGUGCAGGCAAACACCAUCAAUGGGAAAAAACAGUACUUGAUGGCUCCCCUUGUUCUACUCAGGAAAAAUGAAGAGGACCAGCUGAUGCCAAUUGCUAUUCAGCUGAAGCAGAAACCAGCAGAGGACAACCCAGUCUUUCUCCCUACUGAUUCUGAGUACGACUGGUUGUUAGCCAAAAUCUUUGUGAGGAGUGCAGAUUUCAACCUGUAUGAACUGAAUGCUCACCUGCUGCGCACUCACCUGCUGGCUGAGGUUUUUACAGUCUCAUUGCUGCGCAACCUGCCCAUGGUACAUCCUCUAUACAAGCUUCUCAGACCCCACACUCGCUACACUCUUCAGAUCAAUUACUUAGCUCGGGACCUUCUUAUCUCUGAGAAUGGGUCUUUUGCUAAGUUUACAGCUUCUGGUGGAAAGGGUGCUGCCGAAAUCCUGAAGAAAUCACUGGCCACCGUGACCUACACCUCCCUCUGUAUCCCAGAUGAUAUUGAAGAGCGUGGAUUGAAAGAUGUACCAAACUUCUACUACAGAGAUGAUGGACUCAAGCUUUGGGACAUCAUCCACAGGUUUGUGGAGCCAGUACUCACCCACUACUACGAGACUGAUGCUGAUGUCCAGGAAGACCAUGAACUCCAGAACUGGAUCAAAGAAAUUUUUGAACAUGGAUUCCUUUCAAAUAACAAUUCAGGAAUUCCACAGAAAUUCACCACUAAGAAUGAGAUGGUCAAGUUUGUCACCAUGGUGAUCUUCACUUGCUCCGCCCAGCACUCAGCUGUCAACUCUGGACAGUAUGACUUUGGUGGCUGGAUGCCCAAUAGUCCUACCUCUUUGCAGCUUCCCCCACCAACAACAAAGGAGACAGCAACUGAGAAAACGAUGUUGGACACAUUUCCCAGUGUUAACACCACAGUGCAUGCCAUGGCCACCUUAUGGCUACUCAGCAAGGAGUCAUCUGACCGUGUCCUUCUUGGCCACUUCCCCGAGGAGCAUUUCACUGAUAAAUUUCCUCGCAAGAGGAUAAUGGAAUUUCAAGAAGAGCUCCAAAGGCUGAGUGCAGAGAUCAAAACCAGAAACAAGGAUUUGGACCUUCCAUACACAUACCUGGAUCCAAAAGUGAUUGAAAACAGUGUGUCCAUUUGAAUAUUAGAAAGUGUGUUCUUCAGUUUCAUAUCAAUAAACAGGAGGAGAGGGAGAGCAGCGAUGCUUCUGGUCAGGCUUUUGUUUCACAUCAUAAUCUAAAAACAGCUUUUAAGCUUAUGAACAGGAAAACUAAAAUAAUUGACCUGCUAGUGACCAUGUUAGUGAAUAUAUGUAUAUAUAUGAUAGGCAUUACAAAAUACUAUAUAACUGACACAUUAUGCCACAUAUCUUGGCAGAUGCAGUGAAUAAAUUAUGUGUAGAAUUU